GUGUUGAUUGAAAAGCAAAAACAAAAAUAAAUAACAAAAAACAAAAAUGAAAUUUCAAUUGAUUGUUUUAGGUAUUGCCUUAAUCGCCUGUACUGUUAUGUCACAGGAAAUGGAAGAUAAUCUGAUUGCUGAUGCAUCGGAAAUGGAUCUAGCUGUUGCUGAAUCUGCAGGCGCUGGCGCUGUAGCAGGUGGUGCAGCUGGAGCUGGAGCUAAAGGUGCUAAAGCUGGUGCUGCUGGUUUUAAAGCAGGCGCUAAAGCUGGUGCUGUUGCUGGUGCUAAAGGUGGUAAAAAAGGAGCAUUUGCUGCUGGUGCUGCAGGUGGAGCAGCUGGUGUGAAAAAAGGUGGUAAAGCUGGUGCCGCUGGUGCUGCUUUUGCCAAAGGUGCUAAAUUCGGUAAAGCUGGCAAAUUCGGUAAAGUUGGUGGUGCAGGUUUCAACAAGAAAUUCGGAGCCAUCAAAACUUUCGGCAUGGCUCAAGGUUUCAAAUUCGGUAAAGCUGGUGGUGCUUUUGCAGCAGGUGGAGCAGCUGGUGCUAAAGGAGCUAAAGGUGGUAAAUUUGCCGCUGGUGGUGUUGUUGCUGGCAAAAAAGGUGGCAAGAAAGGAGCUAAAGGUGCUGCCGCUGCCGGUUUUGCCAAAGGUGGCAAAAAAGGUGGUGUUGCUGGCAAAGUUGCUGGUGCCAAAGCUGGUGCAGCUGGAGCAAAAGGAGCAUUCAAAAAAGGUUUUGCCAAAGGUGGCAAAGGAAUUGGCAAAUAAUUCUCAAAUUAUGGAAUCAUUUUUUGAGCUUUUUAUUUUCGCUGUUCAUAUUUUCUGUAUUCAUUCAUCAAUUUGGCAAGCAAAAACAAAACAAAACAAAACGAUAAUUAAAAUUUAGUGUUCAAAAA